AUGAUUCUGUCUUUCUACGACCCAAAACUGACACUUGAAGAUCGCAUCAAAAGAAUGAAUCAACGAUCAGAGGCUCGCAUUUCAGAUCUAAUGAAUAUCUCAAAUAAUCUGAAAGAAGAUGCGGUUGACGUUCGGAUUUAUCCAGCUUAUACCUCUCAGUUUCUUGUUCCAUUAAAAAUUGGUACACCUCCUGUGCCACAAAUUCUUACCAUGGACACUGGGAGUGUAUUACUUUGGGUUCAUUGUGGCUAUACCAUUGGUGGUGAAGCCUCACCAGCUCCAUUAUACCACAAUGCACAUUCUUCAUCAUAUGAAGAAGAUGUAUAUUGUGAGACAUCUAUAUGUGACCUUAUGACUCUUAGAGGAAGAUGUGGAAGAAUCUCAAGGAGAUGUGAGUAUUUUGUAAAAUACGCAAAUGAUCGUGUUAGUGGAAUCCUUGGAUUUGGACAAACAGCUGUUGAUAUAACUGAUGUAGAGUAUGAUUCAAAUGCAUUAAUUCUUGGAGGCAAGCCUAUAAUGGAAGGAGCGUCCACUCCCAUGUUUAUGGUUAUAGGCAAAUACUUCAUAACUUUAGAAAAAAUCAGUGCCGGGAACAAGUUCCUUGACAUUGAUCCAAGCAUAUUCAAGAGGAUCGAUCAUCAAGGUGGAAUGCUUGCUGAUACUGGGGCCACUUCUAGUUAUUUGCCUGAGAUAGCAUACAAGAAACUGAAGGAGGAAAUUAAAUCUGUAAUUGAUACGAUGUUGGUAGAAUUUAUAAGCACAAGACCAGAAGAGCUUUGUUACUAUGGAGUUGUCACCGAGGAUCUUAAAGGCCUUCCAACAAUAGCAUAUCAUUUUGUUGAAAAUGCUAAAAUGGAGUUUACUGCUGAAAAUUUAUUUACACAAGAUGAAGCUGACCAUUUCUGCCUGUCCAUACAAAUUUCUGAAAACAAGAACCCUCCUAUGCCUUUUAGCGUACUUGGAGUUUGGGCGCAACAAUUUUUCUAUAUCGGCUUUGACUUCAACACCAUGAGAAUGUCCUUCACUAGGAUAGAUUGUGACCGCCUGUUUGAUUGA